AUUUUGUUUUCUUUUUUGGGGGGAGGAGGUACGUACAUCCCUGAUCCUCUCCAAACCAGAGUUCGAGGUAACUCGUUACUGUAACUAAGUUCCUUUUUUUGGUAACUUGUAACUGAACUCGGUACUUUUGUGCCGUGGUAACUUUUAGAGGAACUCGUUCCUUUUUCAGGUAACUUUGCCAAAGUAACUUAAGUUCCAAGUUACUUCUAACUCGCUUUUCACUCACAUCCACAUAUUUUCUUGCUUUCUCUCCGGUUCCUCCAUGGCAUUUUUUACCAUAGAACGUGAUAUUCAAUCAAUGACAGUAUUUUAUUCAGGAAGUAAGAACCGCUGCCAUUGAAAUGAAGCUGAAUCAUUGUGCGCCCACAGGGAGUAAAGAUGCAAAGCGUUCGAAUAGACCUCUACCAGAGAAAUGUCAUCAUGACAUUGGUAGGCAAACUGAAACCGAAACAAAUCGGAAGGAGAGGGCUGGGUUCCACGAACAGGCACUUGGUCGCUGCCUCGCAUUGAAAGAAAAGUAGGACCGAGGGUCGCGUCCCCUUAAGGGACCAUAUCGUAAUCCGCUCAAGAGCGUGGCUUUUGGGCGCGACCUUAUUCACCUCUAGCUUCGAGCGUAGUUCAAUUCUACCAAAUUUUGGCGCUGUCGAACACUAUGACGUCAUUUGUUUACAAACAGGAAGAGCUCUAUUGUUGGACAUAAACAAAAACGAUCUAAGCGUGUUCCACUUCUCCGCAGGCAACUCAAGGUCUAACUCAACUGCUCACGCGCGCUGCACCUGCGUAAUGCUAUUUUGUGUCCGAAGUAACUUGGAAGUAACUCGUUCUUUUUUUUAAGUAACUCAGUAACUGCGAGUUACAUUUCAGGCUGAAGAACUUCAUUAUUAACUUAGUUACAUUUCGCACACGGUAACUUAACUUGUAACGAGUUCUUUUUGAUGGGUAACUUCUCAAUCUAUGCUCCAAACCAUCUGUGCUAUUUGGUCACCCCACCAUAGUUAUUGGCCCACUGCAUUUCAGAGCUACAAAGGUAGCACAAACCAUGCGUGAUUCAUAUUGCACAUUGAGCAUCACGGUUCAGAAGCCAGCAGCAUGUGUAGUGGUUGGGCGAGAAAGGGAGAGACUACUUCACCCUUUUGAGGUAUUGGAUGGCACUGCACAUCAGGCAAGACCCAAGGCUGACCCAUGCAAGACAGUUAAAAUAUUCACACGUUCGGCUGCUGGACAGCAUCUUGCAAAUCCCGGGAACCUUAGACCCCCUCCAGUGCUCUUGAAAACUUCAGAGUACUUGAUGAACAUUGUGUCUUCAAAUAAGGCAGAAUUUAUAGAGGUUUACAAGUUUGCUUGGGACAGACUGUGGUCAUUGAGGCAAGAUAUGACGAUUCAACAAGCAAGUGGCAAGGAGUGCGUGACUGUUCUCGAGCAAGCUGUACGUUUCUAUGUCUACUCUUCAUUCAGGGCAUGCAGUGAGAAGAGUAGUCAUUUCGACUCUUACAUCAAUGCUCAGCACCUUCAGGAAUGCUUGAAGAGGUUGCUUGUGAUGUACCAGGAAAGUGCAGAUGCAUGCCCUAACAGGCCUGAAAUGGAAGCCAUGUAUCUGCUACACAAUCUAGGCUCUGUAGAGGCUCUCAGCCACUGCAUAACCAUGCCAAGAAAUGUACGAUCCAGCGUACUUGUCCAAAGGUCUGCAGAUAUCAGUGCUGCAUACCUGGAUGGGAAUUUUGUACGGCUACUGCGAUAUUACAGAAAGCUGCCUUUCCUACUAGCAUGCUGCCUCCAUCAGCACUUGAACAAGAUAAGGAUGCAUGCCUUACAAAUUUUGAACGUGGCAUAUAGUUCUCAGAACUGCAAGUUUCCACAACAUGAUUUGAGUCAUUGGCUCCAGUGCACAGUAGAAGAAACAAAAGAUUUGUGCAUUUUCCACGAACUUACUGUUCUGAGUGAUACAGUGAAGUUUCUCAAGAGCACUGGGAAGUUUCAACAAGGCCAGGAGAUGCGCAAGACUCAAGACCCUGUGCUUAAAUCCCGUAUGAAAGCCCUGGACACUACCUUGCUUUUAACUACCGGAACUGAAAGUGAAUCGCGAAAUCAAAACAAACAUUCAUGACAUUGAAUUGUGCAUCAGCAAAACUGAUAAAAAACGUUUAAUGUUUGA